UUCAACUUGACCUGAUCCUCUGUUGUUGCUGUCACAGAACGACCCAACUACUAGCUAGCGCAGAAAAGCAGCACAGCGCUACGCAAAAGGCUGUCUUGUGGUGAUCGCUGGGGAGCUCGGAUCAUAACCUUUGCUUAAGUUACUCAAGGCGCAAAACAUCGCAUCUUUCGUAAUGAGCGCGGGCUCGACAUUGGAGCUAUGUCCCCUUGAGCAGGAAUUCAACGCCUUCAUCAGCUCCCGCAAACCACCGUACCGCUCCAAGAUCUUCCAGCACCGGUGCGUGAAGGAAAUAAUCGCGCGGCUCCAUCCUUCCCGGAUCCCACCGUAUCCACUUGACGAAAAGGGCGCAGAAGCCAUCUCCGACGCUCUACAAGCCUGGCGCAUGUACAGCCUCCUCGCUGCUUGCCUCUCUAACAGCGACAAGGACUUCCGCGCGGAGUACCUGGCGCACUUCUCGCACGCUUGGCAGUGGGCACUCUUCCUUCUCCCGGGAGAGGGGAACGUCAAGGACUUGCGCGGCCUGGACUUUCAGACGCCGAGAUUUCCUCUACGACACGAUGGCACAGUCGCGGCAACUGUGUACAUGCGCUACAGGAUGCUGAUGAUCGCGCUGGUGGCGUUAUUGGACGAUCCAGCGCGGCGAGCGAUAUGCCAGAGGCUGCCGCGCUUCGGGGAGGUCUUUCUGGCUCUGGUAAGCUACGAGUGGCCUCGCCCAAGGGACGACGACCUCGCGUCGCUCAUCCAUAAUCUCAUGCGCACGCUGAGGGCCGGCACGACGCGCAAGGACGACUUCAGUAACCAGAUGAUCGAAGAUAUACGCGCACACGAGGCGCGGCACCCUGGCUCUUUGCUUCGUGCCGUUUUUCUGCGCUUCGUCUGGCUGCUGGACUCCGGGCAAGAUGAACUCGACGCAGAGGAAAGGAGUGUCUACGGGCAGCACUACAGCUUUGUGAUCAUGCAGUCGCUGGGCUCGGGGUUGCACGAUACUAUCUAUGCUGGCUUCCGGGGCAAUGGCGGGGCGUCCGUGCUCGUCAAGGUGCUUCUCCGCGCCGUCCCGCACGCCCGCACAGAGGAGGAGUUGAAGGAGAAGGUCAGAAAUGAACCAACCAUCCAGCGUAUCAUCGCGCGUCUCGCCAUGAGCGUCAUGGAUGGCGUCCUUGUGCUGCGCGACACGGACGAUGUAGUAGCGGAGGCGAUCAACGCUGGUCUUCUCGUGGUCAUCGGCCGUAUGCGGCGCCUUCUACACGGAGCAGCCGCGGUCUCGGAACAAGGGGGCAUACGCACGAGCGGGGACCGAUGGCUCAAUAACGCAAUCAUCCCAGCGAUGGCCAGGGCGAGGGUGUUGCGCGCUCUUCUGGAGAACCAUGACAAUCUAUUCCUGAAGGAGCUGUGCGACAAGGACCACGAACCGUGGCCCGCGCUCACGACCGCAGCAGAGCGUUUCGAGAGCCUUUUCCCUCCAAUGCUACUGUUCAUCGACAACGUGGACGAAGCACGGAAAAAAGGAUGCUCAAACCCACAAUGUCAGCACGCGGGCGCGCCGAGGAAGAAGAUGCGCCUGAAGAUGUGCAGCUGUGCGGAUGUGCUCUACUGUUCGCGUGAGUGUCAGAAGAUACAUUGGCGCUCAGGAGGGCACAGAGAAGCUUGCUCAAACGAGGCCAAUAAGAUCCAAACAAUCACUCGACCGCUCAAAGACCCGAAUGGCAACCCUAUUCCUACUUCCGUCGGACCUCAUCUGAGCUACUACGAGUACCACUUCCUCCGGCUCUGCGCUCUGCACGAGAUCUCGCUGCUCUACAAAUCUGGCAAGGCGAGGGAUAGGGUGGAGUAUACGGUAGAACUCCCAAAUCUCGAUGGCAUCAAGACAUACAAGGCCGAACUCCCUUACACCCUCGAACCGCGUACAAUCCGCGUGGUGUUCAAGGCAAAUUGGGGCGCAGGUUUGGAGAUGACCAUCGCGAUUCCGAGGCUUGUUACCUUCUCAGAGCUGCAGGAUGUACUAGAGCAGCGCAAGAUCACCCUAGGAAUAUACGCGUAAUCAUGCAUCGUCAG